AUGGGGACCAUGCAACUACUAGAAAAAUGUUUGAAAGGUCUGAAAUGCCUGAAGGGUGAAAAAACGAGAGAUCGUCGGCCCAUCACUUUUAAAGAACUCGCAUGUCUUCAUCGUGCACUACGUCCCCAGUUUACAGAUUCUAUAGACAAUGUGAUGCUCUGGGCUGCCUUUACUUUAGCCUUUUUCGGCUUUCUGUGGUGCAGCGAGUUUACUUGUAAUUCCCCGUUUGAUCCUGAAUACCACCUUUCAAGAACUGGCAUUAUUUUCUACCCGAACAUUUUGAAUGCAGAACACUUUGACGUCACCAUCAAACGCUCAAAAACUGACCCAUUUCGCCGUGGAUGCCGUUUAACAAUUGGAUCAUCACUUAAUGAAUUCUGCCCUGUACGAGCAAUGAAGAAUUAUUUACUCCAAACACCUUCCAUCCCCGAAAGUCGACCUCUUUUUCAGUUUGAAUCUGGAGCUCCACUCACCCGUGCAACACUAACUUCACAUCUACGCAGUUUACUUCAGCAGCAAGGACUAGACGAAACCAUGUAUGCUUCACAUAGCUUCAGAAUUGGAGCAGCUACAGCAGCUGGUUCAGCAGGACUCCCUACUUGGCUAAUAAAGACUCUUGGACGCUGGUCCUCAGAUUGUUAUGAAAGGUAUAUAAGAACUCCGAGGGACGUUUUAGUGUCUGUAACAUCAAAACUCAUUGCAAAUACAAACCAAAAGGUCUAAGUCCACUCUGUUAAUUAUUAUAUUUACUUUAGGUGUUAG